UUUUUUUUUAACACCGCCAAGCUCUCGCUGAAUAUACUAGAGGUAUGGAUUAGAGGUUUAGCCAGAAAAGAGUGCAAGACUUUACGGUGUGGUUUUAAAUACAUUUCGCGUGAAAAAUAUACGACUUCAUGAUAAACUUGGAAUAAAUAGAUAGUGGACCGAUACGAAAUGAAUUUCACUAGCAACCGUAUUAUGCCGUAUACCGACUACAAUUUUGUGAAUUCUUCAAAAUUGUUCAAUGUUAAGUUGAAUUCAUUGCAGAAUAUUAACAGAACACUACAGUCAAUUAGCCAUGAUGGUAUACAUGAAAACAAGCGCUAUAUAAAACCUCCAACGUACCAGCAAUUCGAUCGAUUUGAAAAUGCUUUUGUCGAUGAUACAAGUACAUCGUUCUGGCAUAAAAGAUACUUCAACGAAAAUGAUGCAAAUCUCAGAGAUGAUUUCAUACCAAAUUCACGCAAGGUAAUCGGUACAACCGGUGAACUGCAAAAUUCAAUGAAUGCACCCCGAAUCGAAAAUGGACAAUUAUGGAACGCAAAACCAUUGACGACGGUUCGUGGCUUCCCUGAGUUGACGACAAUGAACCAAUUGGAUGACGGUGGUAAUCGGAACGAUGCAGAAGACUCGACCAAUAAUGAAAGGCGGAAAUUAGCAAGGCGCUAUUUUGUGACCGUAUUCUCAAUUUGCUAUGCAAUCUUUUUGGUUGUGUUUGGUGCAAUCGUAUUCAUCGGCGAUGUUGUUGACAGCCAAUAUCCACUUCCGCAGGUUUUUUGCAUUUAUAUGCUAUUAAUGGCAUUUGCAUACUUCCUGUAUCUGUACAUCGACAUCCGGUGCUAUGUUUAUCGCGCAAAAAACCAACUCAAACGACGAUUGGAACGAAAGAAAUUGAUUGAUGCACACAUCAUUAAAAAGUUGAAUGCCGAUGGACCCAUUAAUUUCAAUGAAAGCAGAGAGAAACAAGCGGUUUAUGCACAAGCUGCAAGAGAGUUGAACUUGCCAUCGAUCGAAGAGGAUUUGUCGCACAAGUACUGUUUUAUAUCAGGUCGAAAUGGAGGCUCUCUCUACAUCAAACUGGGUGCUUUGUGGUUUGCAUUUGGUCUUGUCUUGUAUUUCGUACUUCAAAUCACCUACGAUGCCUAUUUUAUAUCGUCUAACGGAGACUAUCUGUACGAUUGUGCGUCGUAUAUAACGCUCUCCAUGAACAUUUUAUUUCCGCUCUAUUCAUUAUUUUCGUUAUUUUUCAUUGUAAAAUACAUGAAUGUGGUUAUCAAUGUGAAUCAAAAUGUGGCGCGAAUAUUUAUUAUGCAUGCCAUUGGAACAUCGCUCGCGCUGUGGGUGUUCACGAUAAUUCGAGAGACAGCCGACGCCAUCGCUAAAUCAGAUGCCGAAAUUUCGGCCAUGUUCCGUGUCGCCCAGCCAAAUGAAUCAUUUGAUUUUGUAUAUAAUGACUGUGGUAAGUCGAAUGCACUAAACGCUGUACAUCGCCAAUUUGCACCGUAUUUAUAUCCGUUUGUGAUUGAGUAUUGCAUUUUACUGGUUGGAAUUUGGUGUAAAAUCUAUCUCAGUAUGAAUCAAUGCCCACGCAAAACGGUUAACACCAGCUGUGACGAGACUGAGGCACCAUCCUCACAACAAGUUUUUUCAACAGACUCAUCUACGAUUUACUUGCCAGAACGUUAUGAAAACACUUCGGAGCAUGAUAAAGACAUUGAAACGGUGUCACAUGUAUACGCUGACUGCCAAUCAAGUUAUCAUGGAAUUUUUGUCGGCCUUUUACUUGCUAUCAUGACCAUCGUUUUCAUCAUUGUGAUGUUUGUUGGAUUUCAAAAUAGAAUAUACCUGAAAACGAGUAUCACGAUCAAUGACAUCUUCGAGUGUACCGUGCUAACUAUCCUGACCGUAGCCACUCUCAUCGCCUAUUCGCAAACUAUAAAACUGGACAUCAUUUUUGAUCCAGGCCUAAAAAUGGACGACAUUUUACUGCUAAUCGCUGUGCCAGCAUUCUUCAUGGAAUUUCUUUUUUCAUUAGCAGCGGCCAUUCAUAUCGGUGCGGUGCUAUCAGCGUGCGUAUCGAUUUGUCGCAUUGUCCAAGUAUUAAUCCAAACUCCAUUCAUAAUCGAUGGAAAAAGACGAUGUUCAAAAUCGGCAUUUUUACAAAAAAAGAAAAUUGGCCAAGGAUUUGUUAUAUUUUUGGCCAUGGCAAACAUGUCAUUUUGGAUUUAUAACACAUUUUCCGGCAAAUCACACUAUACAGAUGAUGAACGGUAUACUUACUACGGAUAUAAGCUUUGGAACAUCUUAAACCACAUAUCACUUCCACUAAUGAUGUUUUAUCGAUUUCAUGCGUCCGUUUGCCUAGUUGAUAUUUGGAAUCAUGCUUACAAAACUUUGCCGAACCAUCAAUGAACAUUGGACCCAUCCACACACACUACACUCAGAAAAAAUUAGUUGAACGAAUAAAUCGUGAUUUUAUUU